AUGUCAAAAACAGUUGCAAUUAUUGUAUGCGAUGAAUACCAUGGAGAGGAUGAAAAUGGAAAAGCUUACAUCGAUCUUUUUAAAAAAGAUGAAGUUGAACAUUGGGAAUAUUUUAAGGCGGUGUCUGGACAUCUACCUGAUUUUGAUAUGAUCAAAAGUUAUUUAGGAUUUAUUUUAACAGGUUCUUAUUGUUCUGCUAAUGAUGAAGUUAAAUGGAUAUGGGAACUAACCGAAUUUAUCAAGAGGGUUGUUCAGUUUCAAUCGGAAUCUCAAAGCGCUCCAAAACUUUUUGGAUUUUGUUUUGGACAUCAAUUAAUUUGCAAAACAUUAGGAGCACGUGUGGUUAAAAACAAAGUAGGAAGAUUCAUUAUUUCCGUAACGGAUAUUGAAAUUUUUAGCAGUCUUCAGAGCAUGGAGUAUUACAGUAACGUAUUUCAUAGCGAAAAAUUCAUGCGUUUAGUUAAAAUGCACGAGGAGGAAGUAAUUGAUUUACCAUCAAACGCCAUUUUGUUGGGUUCUUCAGAACAAUGCCAAAAUGAAAUAGUUUCAUUUGGAAACAAAAUAUUAACUAUGCAAGGUCAUGUAGAUAUAUUAGAAGAACAACUGCGUGAAAUUUAUCUUCCUAUUUUUAGAAAAGAUGGAAAAAUUAAUGAAAUAGACGAAGCCAUUCUUUUAGAUAAUAUUGCCGGGAAACCUUACGACAGCACAAAAAUUGUGGAGUUCGUUAGACAGUUUUUUUAUCUUUAG